AUGUUCAAUAACCGCACAAAAGCUGUAGCACACACGACUCAUAAUUCUUUCUCUGUUGUUCACCUUCUUCGGCUCCAUCCACUGCACAUCCUGAUCAUGCGGCUCCAAUACGCUCCCAGGGAACCAGAUCCUUCCAACAUCGAGACGGUCGAAGUAUAUCAACGGAUUACAGCCCGUCGCUUGCCACGACCACUUAUCCCUCUCGAUCUGACGUUGCUACAUGCGCCUCCCGUUGCCGAUGGAUACAAUAGCUUUAUCGGGGCGCUGCGGACAAAAACAGUCAUUGCACCAUCACUGUUGGAGUUGAGCAUCUGUCGCGUUGGUCGUCUCAACGGAGCCGUCUACGAGUGGAAUAUCCAUGGACCGCUUGCAUUGAAGGCAGGAGUCUCCGUGCAGCAACUGCAUGAAGCCUCUACGUUGCCUCCCUUCACAGAUAAGGACGACGAGGCCCAAAAGGCAUGGAAAGAUACUUCCCUCACCAGGACCCAGCAAAUAGUCCUCCAGUACACAGACGAGGUCACUAUGAGCGUGGCUGUGAGUGAUGAUGUGUUUCAGGAGCUGCGUCAAGUCCUUGGGUCUGACGGCGAAGUGGUGGAACUCACUACGACUGUUGCUGGGUAUAACUGUGUCAGUCGGAUCUUGGUGGCUUUGGACGUGGGAGAGCAUAGCACUAGUCGGAUGAAGAGUGCCGAGGAAAUGGCAGAACAUUGCUGA